AUGGCGCCUCUUGCUGCUGGAGAUAGCUUCCCCGCUGGUGUCGUCUUCUCCCACAUCCCCUGGAGCGAAGAGAAGGGAGACAUCAAAUCAUGCGGAAUGCCCGUUAGCUACGAGGCUUCCAGCCUCUGGGCCGACAAGAAGGUCGUCCUCGUCUCCGUCCCUGGUGCGUCCUCCCCCGACCAAUUCCUAACCCUCAACUCUCUCAACCAUCUUCCCGGAUUCCUUGCCAAACUCUCUGAAUUGAAAGCCAAGGGUGCUGAUAUUGUCGCUUUCCUUGCCUACAAUGAUGCCUUUGUCAUGAGCGCUUGGGGCAAGGCCAAUGGUGUCACUGGAGAGGAUGUCCUCUUCUUGAGCGACCCAGAGGCCAAGUUCUCCAAGGACAGCGCCUGGACCUUGGGCGACCGAACUGGCCGAUAUGCCAUGAUCAUUGACCACGGAAAAGUUACCUAUGCCGAGAACGAGCCUGGCCGUGAGGUUACUGUUUCGGGUGCCGAUGCUGUUCUUUCUAAGUUGUAG